CUGAUGACAGCGACCUCUGGAGCGACAGUCCCCAUGAUUUACUCUCCCCUCUUCCUACUGCUCCUGUUCUAUUUUCCACAUAGACUGCGAACGCGCUUAGUGCACCUAUGCCUCCAAGCCCUCAGCGCGGACGAGUGCCCGGCCAAUCGGAAAAUUUUCUUAAAAACAAGGAGUGCAAUGGUGUGGUGUCUUGUUCAGGGAGGUAAAAAGACGAUGAUGCAGGGGGUUUGAGGCCUAAAGGAAGAC